AUGGCUGAGGAGAAGACCUUUCGCUAUGGGUUCAUCAUGCUGGGUUUCUUCCUGGUGAUGACGGGACUCUUCAUCAUGAGCGUGGAAAAGCCCCAGAUCUACAUUACCUUCUGCGCCCUGGGCGUCUUGCUCGUAGCUGUGGGCAUCACCUGGAGCAUGUGCCAGUGCUACCCAAAGAUAAUGUUUGUUCCUGUGGACCUCGAGGCUGAGCGGUUCCUGGACCACAAACCCGUCGUGCUGCCAGAGGGGGACACCCGCUUGAUUGUACCCUGCCCCAACCAAGAGGCCACCAGCACCUACAAGAAAAGCCUGCCAAUUUAUGAGCAGAUCCAGAGGCCAGCGGUGGGCUCAGCCCCGCUCCCACCCAUGGCCCAGCCCAGACCCCGCAGCUGCUCCCAGACAGCGGUGCAGGCAAAAGCAGAGGUCCACCGGGAGCUGGGGGGUGCUGGAGACCCCCCUCCAGAGCUGGUGCCUCGGAUCGGAAUGGUGGCUGGCAGCUGGUACGUGAGGCCUGCGGGAUGCCAUGUAGGAUGCCCAGGCAUUGGUCCAGGGGAUCCAAAAAGCUCUUUGCAGGCGAUGAGGGUCAGGGCGGCUCGGCGGGGCCACCUGACCGAGCUGCUGCACGUCUUCCACCUCCUGCCCGCCUUCCUGGUGAAGAUGAGCAGCGACGUCCUGGACAUGGCGCUGAAGCUGCCACACGUGGAGUACGUUGAGGAGGAUGCCUACGUCUUUGCCCAGAGCAUCCCCUGGAACCUGGGCAGGAUCCUGCUGCCACAGCCCAGCUCAGACACCUACAGCCCUCCCAAUAAAGGUGACCUGGUGGAGAUUUACCUGCUGGACACCAGCGUGCAGAGCACCCAUCGAGAGAUCGAGGGCAGGGUGCUUGUGACCGACUUCGAGAGCGUCCCCGAGGAGGAUGGCACCCGCUUCCACAGGCAGGCCAGCAAGUGUGACAGCCAUGGGACCCACAUGGCCGGGGUGCUGAGUGGGCGCGAUGCCGGUGUGGCCACAGGUGCCAACAUCCGCAGCCUCCGUGUGCUGAACUGCCAGGGGAAGGGCACCGUCAGUGGGACCCUUAUUGGCCUGGAGUUUGUCAAGGCAGCACUGGAGGCUCAGCCCUAUGUGCCGCUGGUGGUGCUGCUGCCCUUCGCCGGUGCCUACAGCCGCGUGCUGAAUGCCGGCUGUCGGCGGAUGGCACAAAUGGGUGCGGUGAUGGUCGCGGCUGCCGGGAACUACAAGGACGAUGCCUGCCUGUACUCGCCAGCGCCCGGGCCGGAGGUCAUCACAGUCGGCGCCACCAACAGUGAGGACCAACCCGCCUCCAUCGGCACCUUGGGCACCAACUUUGGCCGCUGCGUGGACCUCUUUGCCCCAGGGGAUGACAUCAUCGGCGCCUCCAGUGACUGCAGCACGUGCUUCACAGCACAGAGUGGGACGUCACAGGCGGCUGCGCAUGUGGCAGGCAUUGCUGCCAUGCUGCUCAGCGCUGAGCCUCAGCUGAGCCUCGACGAGCUCCGGCAGCGCCUCCUGCACUUUGCCACCAAGAACGUGAUGGACACGGCGUGGUUUCCUGAGGAGCAGCGGCUCCAGACGCCCAACAGCGUGGCCGGGCUGCCCACCCGGCUGGGCUCAGAUGAGCAGCUGUACUGCCGCUCGGUGUGGUCGGCGCGCUCGGGGCUCACCCGGCACGCCACGGCUGUGGCUCGCUGUGCUGGCACCGAGGAGAUGCUCAGCUGCUCCAGCUUCUCCCGCAGCGGCAGGCGGCUGGGGGAGCACAUGGAGGACAAGGACGGGCAGAAGCAGUGCGUCGCCCACAACGCUUUCCGGGGCCAGGGCGUCUACGCCAUCGCCAGGUGCUGCACAUGGCCCAGGGCCAAAUGCCAGAUCAACGCCAGCUCCCCGGUGGCCAAGGGGGCCGGUUGCUCCCCACGGGACCAUGUGCUGACCGGGUGCAGUUUCCACUCCCCUGCCGCAGCACUGGGUGAUGGCGGGAGACCCGUCGCGGGGCUGGGGAGCGGACCCAGCCACUGCGCCAGCAGGACAGAGGUGAUGGCACAUGCCUCGUGCUGCCCCGCUGCCGGCCUCGAGUGCCGGGUGAAGGAGCACACAUCCCUGGGCUCUGCAGAGAAGGUGACGGUGUCCUGUGAUGACCGCUGGACGCUUACGGGCUGUAAUGCCCAUUCCCAGAGCCCCGGCACCAUGGGAGCCUACGCCGUGGAUGAUACCUGCGUGGCAGCCAGUGCCCCCGGCAGCAGCACGGCUGCCGUCAUCGCCAUUUGCUGCCGGAGCCAGCAGUAG